CCCCCCAACCUUUGUUUUACCUGUCUUUUCCGAGUUAUAAGAUUUUUGAAUUCUAGCUUUUUCUUUCACAAUGGGAACAAAUGACAGCAACAUGGACGUUGAUGAUGAUUAAUGUUGUUUUGGUGAUUUCACUAUUACAAUCUUGCGUUUGUGGAGAACCAAAGGUGCCCUGUUUCUUCAUUUUUGGUGAUUCAUUGGCAGAUAAUGGCAAUAAUAACCGCCUCCAGACCCCGUCUAGAGGGAACUACAAGCCUUACGGGAUUGAUUUUCCCCAGGGACCAACAGGGAGGUUUACCAAUGGCCGAACCAUUGUUGAUAUUUUAGCUGAACUUCUGGGUUUUGAGAAUCCCAUCCCAUGCUUUGCCAAUACUAGGGGGUACAAGAACAUUGUUAGAGGUCUGAAUUAUGCAUCUGCCUCAGCAGGACUUCGAGAUGAAACUGGCUCCCAUAUGGGUGAGAAUGUCAAUUUAAAUAAGCAAUUACUGAAUCACAAAUCCACAGUCAAGCGCAUUACUUCAAUAAUGGGUCUUAAACAAUUGUCCAGGCAGCAUUUACAAAAGUGCUUAUAUUCAGUUGGAAUGGGCAGCAACGAUUAUCUUAUGAAUUACUUCCAGCCCAAGUUUUAUCCCACCAACUCUGUACAAGUAUGGAGCAAGGAAGGUGGUCUUGAAUGGAGGACUAGUAGGAUGCACUCCAUCUUCAAUUUCGACUACAAAUGGGUCUACAUGCGCAGAAAAUUUGAACAAUGCAGUUCAGUUUUUUAACCAAAAGCUUAAGUCACUCGUUGAUCAGCUCAACGCCAAACUGACCGAUGCAAAAUUCAUCUAUGUUGACAUGUUUGGAAUUUCCGGAAGUCCAUCAGAUCUUACAGCUGCAGGAUUCAAGGUGACUAAAGCAAACUGUUGUCCGGUAGAUGAAUCUGGCCAAUGUCUUCCUUCCAAAGCUCCAUGCCAGAAUAGAAGCGAGUAUAUGUUCUGGGAUUUAUUCCAUCCUACUGAAGCUUCUAAUCUCAUCACUGCAAGAAAGACAUACAAUUCUUCUAAUUCGUCGGACACUUAUCCAAUGAAUCUUAGUCACCUAAUUCAGCUUAGGCUAUAACCAUGGGUAGCCAAAGAAUUUAGAUUUUACAUUGAAAUUAGUCUUCCCCCUGUACAUCAAGAUUAAUAAACUAAUCAUUACGUGACAUUUACAAGAUCGAACUAGGAAGAGUAUACUAUAAUUGUAAAUAUAAUUAUGUAUUUUUUGCCAAUUUGGCAUGAAAUUAAGCUCCUAAUAUAUUAGUCCAAACGUGACUCCAAUUCAAUUCUACGA